AUGCUCGACUGGGGGGACCGGGAAGGUGACAGGUUCAGUUUCGAGGACUCUGACAGGUUCGAAGAGGACUCUUUGUGCAGUUGGAGCUCUGAGCCCGAGAGCGUCUAUAACAACUGGAGAGGUUGGAAAAAACCUUCUCCUGGGUCUACCACCUACUUUGGGGGUAGCAGAAAAUCAAGUGACGAUCAACAGGCAGUACCAUCUCUGACAGAAUUAGCUGCUAAGUGCGUUGCUUCUCACAUCCCAUUCGAAUUGGUGGAACACGUUUAUCCGCCAGUGCCGGAACAACUUCAACUUCGGAUCGCUUUUUGGAGUUUCCCUGAUAAUGAAGAAGACAUACGGCUGUACUCAUGUUUGGCCAAUGGAUCCGCGGAAGAGUUUUCAAGAGGAGAAACUCUCCACCGAACGCAUAUGGUCAAAGAUCCCUUACAGAUAGGUUUUCACUUAUCGGCGAGUGUCCAGCAAACGCCCAGAGGUACUCACAAUGUUGCUGUCACGUUUGACAGGAGGCGAAUCUCUUCAUGCAACUGCACCUGCAAUUCCACAGCUUAUUGGUGCUCGCACAUCGUUGCUGUAUGUCUGACAAGAAUUCACUGGCCUCAUUUGGUAACCCUUCGCGCUCCAGUCUCCGAAUCGCUGUCUCGACUGCAACGCGAUCAGCUUCAAAAAUUCGCCCAAUAUCUCAUCAGCGAGUUGCCACAGCAAAUUCUUCCGACCGCACAACGCCUUCUGGACGAGCUACUCGGGUCCCAACCGUCUGCUAUUAAUUCAGUGUGCGGUGCACCCGAUCCCACUGCAGGAGCGUCAGCCAAUGACCAGACGUCUUGGUACCUGGACGAGAAAACGCUGCACGAUAAUAUCAAAAAGAUUUUGAUCAAGUUUUGUGUGCCUGCGCCCAUGGUUUUUAGCGACGUCAACUACUUAAGCACAGUGGCUCCACCGGCGGCAGCGGAAUGGACUUCCUUGCUGCGUCCCCUACGUGGUCGGGAACCCGAGGGAAUGUGGAACCUGCUCAGUAUUGUUAGGGAAAUGUUCAAACGAAAUGAUCGUAAUGCCAUUCCUCUUCUUGAAAUUAUAACUGAAGAGUGCCUGGCUUGUGAACAGAUUCUCAUUUGGUGGUUUAACACCAAGGUGGCGCUGUUAAGUGGAAAUUCCGGUUACGGAGGUAGUGGAGGCGGUAAACACAACAACGUGAAUAGCAAUACACAUGCUUCGCAACAUGCUUGUUCAUCUUUAUGUGAUGAGGUUGUUAUUUUAUGGAGGUUGGCAGCAUUGAACCCUGGACUGGCUCCAGCUGAAAGAGAUAUGCUUCAUAGUCAGUUCACCACUUGGCACAUGAAAAUUUUGGAAAAAGUUAGUAAGUGCCGCAACACAACUUCUAGCACACAAUCGCACUACAGCAAAAAUUCCAGCAGCCUAAAGAUGGACCUAGAAGUUUUUACGGGAUUCAAACCGGCCAUAGAGGCAUGUUACUUAGAUUGGGAUGAUUAUCCCAUGCCCGGAAUAACCUACACUCAGGAUAUCAAUCCGAUGUACCAUUGUCCGUUUACUUGUUUCCGACAUGGAUCCGACAGUACCAGAGGAGAAAGUCAAGUUACUCAGGUAAAUUCAAGUAAUGCGGUUCUAAAUUGUGAACAUCCUCACAUUCACGCAACACAUUCCCACCAUCAUCAUCACCAUCACCACCACCAUCAUGCCCCAUUUAGGGUCACUAGAUAUGAAUAUGUAAACGUAAUUAGCAUGAAUCCAAUGGAAUUUCCACCUCAUCCACAUCCUCAACUAAAUGAGCGAGACGGAAAUAGAUCAAGUGUUAGCAGUGAAGGAUUUUGCGAGGUGGACGACGAUAUGAAUAUAUUGCAAGAAAGCAGAUUUAACGACUCUGAUUCACAGGAAGGUGGAGGAAGUGACUCCUCGAGUAACAUUAGUCAAGAUGACCGAACUCCACCAACUGCUCAACAUUCCCUUGCAAGCAAUAACGAUGCCACCAAAGGAAAUUUAGGAACUUUCAAACCGGCCAUAACUGUCCCCAUUCCAACCAACUCUCAAUCAUGGACAGCUCAAAAUGUAUGCACACCAACAUCUCGACGUGCUUCGAAGGAUGAAUCGACGACUUCAUCGAACUCCGAAUCGCCACAAUCUAGCGACGAAUACAACAUGUACUUCUAUAACGCUAAAGAUGCCGGCAUGCUACCCAACCCAAUCCAGGGCAGCCUUAAAAUGGACGAUCCCGAUGACAAAUCCGGAAUGUUCUCUAGCUUGAAAAAGUGCGACGAUCCUUGGGACGUGUUAUUCUCUAGGGCGGAAGGAUUGCACGCUCACGGCCAUAGCAGAGAGGCGUGCAUUUUGGGAGUUAAACUAUCCGAGGAAUUGUUAAUGAAUCCACCUGAUCUGAUGAUUGAAAUCCCACCCGUUCCCAAGAAAAAAGGCAAAAAACAACAAGUAAAUCCGGCCACUCAUCAACUUAGCUGUCUGGCAUCCGGCACACUUUCUAAAUGUGCCUUCCUAUGUUCGGUGCUAGCAGAGAAUACCGAUCAUUUCCAUCUGGCGUUUCGCGUUGGUAUGUUUGGCCUCGAGAUGGCUCGUCCCCCGGCAAGCACGAAGCCUCUAGAAGUCAAACUUGCUAAUCAAGAAGCAGACUUGGUGAAUUUGCUAAAGAGGAUACCCUUGAAUCACAAGGAAUUACAAUCUUUGAGAGAGAGGGCGGAGCAACUCAAAGAAGGAACGCUGCGAUCAAGAGGGGAAGCCAUGUUGCCCAUAAUGUUGGCCAGCUUCAUUUUCGACGCCCUCGUCGUGCCCAACAUUACCGGAAGGGAUAGGGUUAAAUUGAUGAACAUGCGAUUACCGACGGAUGAGGUUCUAGGUUUCGAAGCGGCCGUAGCGGCUCUAGGACUCAAAGCUAACGUUUCAGAAGCUGAUCACCCUCUUCUUUGUGAAGGAACAAGAAGACAAAGAGGCGAACUGGCGAUUGCUCUCUUGAUGUUUUACAAAGACGACUGCUGGAAAGUAGCAAGAAUUAUGGAUAGAUUGCUAGAUAAGGAAAUCCAUCAGUUGUUAAAGACGCCAUUGACAAGUUCCUAUUAUUCGAGCAAUCCACCCACGAAGAGCCAGUAUUCAAAUUUGAAACGAGAAGACUGUGAUAAAGUAGUUACACCGAUUAGUCCGUUUAUUCCACAUACUGAAAUGAUACCAACCGAUAUGGCGUGUUGUAGCAGACCCCACAGUUCGACAAGCGCCGAGCUGGACCAAGGUAUGAACAAUUUAUCAUUAAAUCCUCAACAGCAAGGUUCCGUCCAAACAGGUGCUGUAACAAGGACAAAGGACGGAAGGUAUAAGGGCAAGAGGGCUUAUCCUUCUAUCCCGAAUCAACCAUCGGAAGCUGGAGCUCAUUUUAUGUUCGAAUUGGCUAAAACUGUACUCAAUAAAGCUGGAGGCACGAGCAGUACCUCAUUAUUUACCCAACCCUCAACAAGUCAAAAUUGUCACUCGCCGCAUAGAGCACUGCACAUGUGCGCUUUCCAAUUGGGACUCUACGCAUUGGGACUGCACAAUUGCGUCAGUCCUAAUUGGUUGAGCAGGACUUAUUCUUCUCACGUGUCCUGGAUUACAGGGCAAGCGAUGGAGAUCGGUGCAGCAGCAAUAUCUUUCCUUAUCGAUACCUGGGAAGGCCACUUAACGCCUCCAGAAGCCGCUAGUAUAGCGGACCGCGCUUCGCGAGGCUGUGACGUCAAUAUGGUUCGAGCAGCAGCCGAACUAGCGCUAUCUUGUCUUCCUCACGCGCACGCUCUCAAUCCGAACGAAAUCCAACGAGCCAUUUUGCAGUGUAAAGAACAAAGCGACGAUAUGUUGGAGCACGCCUGCCACACAGUGGAGGUGGCCGCUAAAGGAGGCGGCGUUUAUCCAGAAGUUCUCUUCCAGGUUGCCAAGUAUUGGUACGAGCUAUAUGAUAGACACACUCCUGGAGGAGAUCAAUUGUUGGACAACGAGAUGUCCCACGAUCAACUUAUGGAUUCUCAUGGAGCUCUAGUGGCCUUGAUAGAACCCCCUAUUCCUCCAGAAGUGCCGCCCACUGCUCAACCCGUCGUUGUAACUACUGCUCCCCCAUAUACUCAUGCUGCUCCUCCAGUGGGUAUGUAUGUUAGUCAUUACAAUUUCGUGCCGCACCAUCCCCAUCAUCCCCCUAUCGCUUACGGGGGCCCUCUACACCCUUUGCAAGCGGCUCAACCGUUACCGAUGUAUCAGUUCCCGUAUCCACCGCCGACCCCUCAAGCAGCACCCGCAGCAGCGUUCACAACUGUACCCACAUCAUAUGCGACUUUGCCUCCACCGCAACAGGCUGCCUUUACAAGUGCACCGUCCCAAUACGCGCAGCCUCCACCUCCCACUCCACCCACCGCUGCAGUAUUUGCUGCCCCGCCAGCUCAACAGGGAUCUCAACCACCUCCUACGCAACACGUGCAGUAUUAUGGACCGGCCGUCACAAUUGCGCAACCCGUGCAGGGUCUUAGACCCGCUACUCACAUGUACGCGGCACCACCACCAGCUGGAAUCGCACCCCAUCCCCAACAAGCAAUGGCAAGACCGCACAGGCCCCAUCAAUUCAACCAGACUCAACUCAGAUACUUAUUAACCUCAUAUAGAGUAGGUAUGUUAGCCUUAGAAACCCUAGCAAGGAGGGUUCAUGAUGACAGGCCACAAGCCAAGUAUGCUAGAAACCCACCCUAUGGAGAAGAUGUUAAAUGGUUGUUAAGAAUUUCCAAACAUUUAGAUUAUAUUCGAGUAUUUGGUGUAAACGGGGCAGUGUUUCUUUCAGGAACGCAAUACCUCCACCACUUCUGCGUGUGCGCAGUAAAUUCAAUAGUGAGCCCGUUCGUUUUGCAUGACGUGGCAAUCGAAGCCGCUCAGUAUCUCUCGAGGAAUAAUCCGAGUCUGGUGAUGCAGCAUCUGCGCACCGCUCUGACUCCUCUCGUGCAAAAGUGCCAACAGAUGUACAUCCAAUGUAUGCAUCAGAAACUGUAUCACUUAACCUCGGCGGAUUACGAAGACUUCGUCAGUAUCGUUUGCGCCGCCAGGGCGGCUUUUCAAAUUACGCCGGACGGAUCGACGCAAUUUAAAGAAUGGUUGCAGUCUAUAAGAAGGUCGAAAUCCUGCAAAAAAGACUUAUGGACGCAGAUCAACACCGCCCUUCAAGCCAACAACAAAUGA